CGGAGCGCCCGGCCUUCGCGUCUCCGCCUCGGUUGCCAGGAGAGCGGCGGCGGCGGCGGCGGCGGCGGCGGGAGCGGCCGACCCACGGCAGGUAAUGAUUUUGCAAGAUUUUGGAACUGGUUUCUAGUGGGACCCUGAAGGAGGAUGAACACAGAAGAGCUGGAGUUACUUAGUGACUCCAAAUACAGAAACUAUGUAGCUGCAAUUGACAAAGCACUAAAAAAUUUUGAAUACUCUAGUGAAUGGGCAGAUUUGAUAUCAGCACUUGGAAAACUUAACAAGGUUUUACAGAAUAAUGCAAAAUACCAGGUAGUACCUAAAAAGUUGACCAUCGGCAAACGGCUAGCUCAAUGUCUACAUCCAGCAUUGCCCGGUGGAGUUCAUCGGAAGGCACUUGAAACUUACGAAAUUAUAUUCAAAAUCAUUGGACCUAAGAGACUUGCCAAAGACCUUUUUUUAUAUAGUUCUGGAUUAUUUCCUCUUCUUGCAAAUGCUGCCAUGUCUGUGAAACCAACCUUACUCAGUUUGUAUGAAAUGUAUUACUUGCCAUUGGGGAAAACCCUGAAGCCUGGUCUACAAGGAUUGCUAACUGGUAUUCUUCCUGGGUUAGAAGAAGGAUCAGAGUAUUAUGAGAGAACCAACUCGUUGUUGGAGAAAGUUGCUGCUGCAGUGGACCAGUCAGCCUUCUACAGUGCCCUUUGGGGGAGUCUGCUCACAAGUCCUGCUGUGCGCUUACCUGGAAUCACAUAUGUUCUUGCUCAUUUGAAUAGGAAGCUCUCUAUGGAAGACCAACUUUACAUAAUUGGCAGUGAUAUUGAACUAAUGGUAGAAGCAGUAAGUACUUCAGUUCAAGACUCCAGUGUACUUGUACAGAGAAGCACACUGGAUCUCAUACUCUUCUGUUUUCCAUUCCACAUGAGUCAGGCCACUCGACCAGACAUGAUCAGGAUCUUGUCUGCAGCUCUUCAUGUGGUACUAAGGAGAGAUAUGUCCUUGAAUCGAAGACUCUAUGCAUGGCUUCUUGGACCAAGAAGCACAAGACACAGUAAUCCUGAAGAACAUGCCACUUACUAUUUUACUACCUUUUCAAAAGAACUGUUGGUCCAGGCAAUGGUGGGAAUCUUACAAGUGAAUGGAUUUGGAGAAGAAAGCACUCUCAUGCAAGAUCUAAAACCGUUUCGUAUUUUGAUCAGUUUACUGGACAAACCUGAGCUAGGGCCUGUAAUUCUGGAAGAUGUCCUGAUUGAAGUAUUUAGAACAUUAUAUUCUCAAUGCAAAGCAGAAUUGGGUCUUCAGAUGGAACCACCUUUCAGCAAGGACCAUGCUCAGUUAAGCAGUAAACUAAGGGAAAAUAAGAAAACAGCAGAGCUGAUUAAAACUGCCAACCUUCUCUUUAAUUCCUUUGAGCCUUAUUAUAUGUGGGAUUACGUUGCACAAUGGUUUGAAGAAUGCUGUAGGAGGACACUGCAUGCCAGACUUCAGACGGGGCCUGGAGAUAGUAAUGAGUCAUCUGAGUUGCAGCUGACCAAUUUCUGCUUAUUGGUGGAUUUUUUGUUGGAUAUAGUUUCUUUGCCUACUAGAAGUAUGAGGGUGCUGUGUCAGGAGACUUAUAUUGAAAUCCAGACAGAACACUUGCCACAGUUGCUGCUCAGGAUGAUUUCUGCUCUGACAAGCCAUCUGCAGACUUUACGUCUAUCUGAGCUCACAGAUUCCCUCAGGCUGUGCUCCAAGAUACUUAGUAAGGUUCAACCCCCACUGUUAUCUGCUGGCACUGGAGGUGUGGUCCAAUUUCCAAGUGGACAGAACAACACAAUUAAAGAAUGGGAAGAUAAGAAGGUAUCUUCUGUUUCUCUUGAGAAUCCUAUUGAAGUAUUUGAAGAUGGUGAAAAUCCACCAAGUAGUCGGUCAUCAGAAAGUGGAUUCACUGAGUUUAUACAAUAUCAAGCUGACCGAACUGAUGACAUUGACAGAGAAUUGAGUGAAGGACAGGGGGCAGCUCCCAUCCCAAUUUGUAGCACAUCCUCUGAGACAGAAACAGCCUCCACUGUGGGAUCUGAAGAAACCAUCAUCCAUCCCCCUUCCAUGGUCCCUGAGGGUGCAGCAACACGAAGUGGAAAGACGGCUCAAAAGACUGCAAUGCAGUGCUGUUUGGAAUAUGUCCAACAGUUUCUCACCAGACUUAUCAACCUCUACAUUAUUCAGAAUAACUCUUUUUCUCAGCCUUUGGCUACAGAACAUCAAGGGGAUCUCAGUCGAGAACAAGCAGAGACUUCUAAAUGGGACAGGGAUUCACAAGGAGAUGUAAAAGAGAGAAACAUAAGUAAACAAAGAACUUCAAAAGAAUACCUUUCUGCCUUCCUUGCUGCCUGUCAGCUCUUCUUGGAGUGCUCAAGUUUCCCAGUUUACAUUGCUGAGGGGAACCACACAUCAGAGCUAUGUUCUGAAAAGUUAGAGACCGACUGCGAGCAUGUGCAGCCUCCACAGUGGCUCCAGACUCUGAUGAAUGCUUGUAGCCAAGCAAGUGAUUUCAGUGUCCAGAGUGUUGCUAUUUCACUAGUCAUGGACCUAGUGGGACUGACUCAGUCUGUGGCCAUGGUCAUUGGGGAAAACAUCAACAGUGUGGAGGCUGCACAACCCUUAAGUCCAAACCAGGGAAGAGUAGCUGUGGUUAUUAGACCUCCCCUCACUCAGGGCAAUCUGAGGUAUAUAGCUGAGAAGACUGGAUUUUUCAAGCGUGUAGCUUUGAUACUGUGGGAUCAGCUGGGAGAUGGGACACCUCAGCACCAUCAGAAGAGUGUGGAACUAUUUUAUCAACUGCAUAACCUAGUUCCUUCUUCUAGCAUAUGCGAGGAUGUUAUAAGUCAGCAGUUAACCCAUAAAGAUAAGAAAUUAAGGAUGGAAGCACAUGCGAAGUUUGCUGUUCUUUGGCAUCUAACAAGGGAUCUCCACAUAAAUAAAUCUUCAUCAUUUGCCCGUUCAUUUGACCGGUCACUGUUCAUCAUGUUAGAUAGCCUUACCAGUCUUGAUGGGUCUACCAGCUCUGUGGGACAAGCCUGGCUAAAUCAAGUCCUACAAAGACAUGAUAUUGCCAGAGUUUUGGAACCAUUGCUGUUGCUCCUGCUUCAUCCGAAAACCCAGAGGGUUUCAGUGCAACGUGUACAAGCAGAACGUUACUGGAAUAAGACGCCCUGUUAUCCAGAAGAGAAUGACAAGCAUUUCAUGCAAAAAUUUACCUGCAACAAUGUAAGCCAAGUACAACUCCUCACAUCAAGAGGAAAUGGAGAAAAGCCACUUACCAUGGAUGAAAUAGAGAAUUUCAGUCUCACUGUUAACCCACUGAGUGACCGACUUUCCCUGCUAAGUACCAGCAGUGAGACAAUUCCAAUGGUUGUUUCUGAUUUUGAUCUUCCAGACCAACAGAUAGAAAUACUCCAGAGUUCUGACUCUGGAUGCUCACAGUCCUCUGCUGGGGACAACCUGAGUUACGAAGUUGAUCCUGAAAAUCCAGAGAAUGUGAAUGUCCAAGAAGAUUCUCUAGUGCCAAAGGCUGACUCUCCUGAUGAUGAUGUUCAACAGGUUGUGUUUGACCUGAUAUGUAAAGUUGUGAGUGGCAUUGAAGCAGAAUCGGCAUCAGUUACAUCUGAAUUAGAAAUUGAAGCUCUUCCCUCAAAGGACAGUGAUUUAGAGCCAGAAGAGGAGGCUAUUGAAAGUGAAGAUCAGUCCACUCAGCAGAGUCAGAGUGCUUUGCUGAGUAAUGAAAGUCCUCAUUUUCUGUCCGUGUCUGCAGAAGGAAGCAAAGAGUGUGCGGUAAAUGGGAUUUCCAGGAAUAGCUCCUCACCUUGCAUUUCAGGAAGCACACAAACUCUCCAAGAUGCUGCAUUUGCUUGUACGGAAACCAAGUCUAGACAGAGGAGUCACAGCAGUAUUCAGUUUAGUUUCAGAGAAAAAACAUCAGACAAAGUGUCAGAGAAGGAAACAAUUGUUAAGGAGUCAGGUAAACAACCAGGAGCAAAACCCAAAGUAAAACUUGCCAGAAAGAAAGAGGAUGAUAAGAAAAAAACUUCAAAUGAGAAACUGAAACAAGCCAGUGUGUUCUUUAGCGAUGGUCUGGAUUUAGAAAACUGGUAUAGCUGUGGAGAGGGAGAAAUCUCUGAAAUUGAAAGUGACAUGGGUUCUCCAGGAUCUCGCAAAUCUCCCAAUUUCAACAUCCAUCCUCUCUAUCAGCAUGUGCUCCUGUACCUCCAAUUGUACGAUUCAUCCAGGACUCUAUACGCUUUCUCUGCCAUCAAAGCCAUCUUGAAAACCAACCCAAUUGCUUUUGUAAAUGCCAUUUCAACCACUAGUGUAAAUAAUGCGUAUACUCCUCAGUUGUCCCUGCUUCAGAACCUGUUGGCCAGACACAGAAUUUCUGUAAUGGGCAAAGAUUUUUAUAGUCACAUUCCAAUGGACUCAAAUCAUAACUUCCGGAGUUCAAUGUAUAUAGAAAUUCUUAUUUCCCUUUGUUUAUAUUACAUGCGUAGUCAUUACCCAACGCAUGUCAAGGUCACUGCACAAGACUUAAUAGGCAAUCGAAACAUGCAGAUGAUGAGCAUAGAAAUUUUGACUCUGCUUUUUACUGAACUAGCGAAAGUAAUAGAAAGCUCAGCAAAGGGUUUCCCUAGUUUUAUCUCUGACAUGUUAUCAAAGUGCAAAGUUCAAAAAGUGAUUCUUCAUUGUUUGCUAUCAUCUAUCUUUAGUGCACAAAAAUGGCAUAGUGAAAAAAUGGCAGGUAAAAACAUAAUUGCUGUAGAAGAAGGCUUCUCAGAGGAUAGCCUUAUCAAUUUCUCAGAGGAUGAAUUUGACAGUGGCAGCACACUCCAAUCACAACUUCUUAGAGUACUUCAGAAGUUGAUUGUUUUAGAGCAUCGGGUAAUGACUGUUCCUGAAGAAAAUGAAACAGCUUUUGAUUUUGUUGUAUCUGACCUGGAACAUAUAAACCCCCAUCAGCCCAUGACUUCUCUUCAGUAUUUACAUGCUCAGCCAAUCACAUGUCAAGGCAUGUUUCUUUGUGCAGUAAUACGAGCUUUGCAUCAACACUGCGCAUGCAAGAUGCACCCACAGUGGAUUGGUUUAAUCACAUCUACUCUGCCUUACAUGGGAAAAGUUUUACAGAGAGUGGUUGUUUCUGUAACACUUCAACUGUGCAGAAAUUUGGAUAAUCUAGUUCAGCAGUACAAAUACGAAACGGGAUUAUCCGACAGUAGGCCUCUGUGGAUGGCAUCAAUUAUUCCACCAGAUUUGAUUCUUACUGUUCUAGAAGGGAUCACAGCCAUUAUCCAUUACUGUUUGUUGAAUCCAACUACACAAUACCACCAACUGUUGGUCAGUGUAGAUCAGAAGCACCUAUUUGAAGCACGCAGUGGAAUCCUUUCCAUCCUUCACAUGAUCAUGUCCUCCGUGACGUUGCUGUGGAGCAUACUGCAUCAGGCCGAUGCGUCGGAGAAGAUGGCUGUUGCCGCCUCUGCAUCUGUUACCACUAUUAACCUUGGAGCCACAAAGAACUUGAGACAGCAGAUCCUUAAAUUAUUGGGCCCCAUUUCAAUGAACCAUGGUGUACACUUUAUGGCUGCUGUUGCAUUUGUGUGGAAUGAAAGAAGACACAACAAAACUGCUAUUCGGACCAAGGUGAUUCCUGCAGCCAGUGAGGAACAGCUCUUAUUGGUCGAACUAGUUCGUUCCAUCAGUGUCAUGCGAGCAGAUACUGUUAUCCAGACUGUGAAGGAAGUUUUAAAGCAGCCUCCAGCCAUAGUCAAGGACAAGAAACAUCUUUCUUUGGAAGUCUGCAUGCUUCAGUUUUUCUAUGCUUAUAUUCAAAGAAUUCCAGUGCCUAAUUUAGUGGAUAGCUGGACAUCACUGUUGAUACUUCUUAAAGACUCUAUACAACUGAGUCUUCCAGCUCCGGGGCAGUUUCUUAUACUUGGGGUUCUGAACGAGUUUAUAAUGAAAAACCCAACUUUGGAAAAUAAAAAAGACCAAAGAGACCUUCAGGAUGUGACUCAUAAAAUAGUGGAUGCAAUUGGUGCGAUUGCUGGUUCCUCUCUGGAACAGACAACAUGGCUGCGACGAAAUCUUGAAGUUAAACCUUCUCCCAAAAUAAUAGUGGAUGGCACCAAUUUGGAAUCUGAUGUUGAAGAUAUGUUAUCACCUGCAAUGGAAACUUCAAAUAUAACUCCUUCUGUGUAUAGUGUCCAUGCAUUGACAUUACUCUCAGAGGUUCUGGCACACCUUUUGGAUAUGGUUUUCUAUAGUGAUGAAAAGGAACGAGUUAUUCCCCUGCUUGUCAAUAUUAUGCAUUAUGUUGUGCCCUAUCUCCGAAAUCACAGUGCCCAUAAUGCCCCUAGUUAUCGAGCCUGUGUCCAGCUGCUCAGCAGUCUGAGUGGGUAUCAAUAUACACGGAGAGCUUGGAAAAAAGAAGCAUUUGACCUCUUUAUGGACCCAAGUUUCUUUCAAAUGGAUGCUUCCUGUGUUAAUCAUUGGAGAGCAAUUAUGGACAAUCUGAUGACACAUGAUAAGACAACAUUUAGAGAUUUGAUGACUCGUGUAGCUGUGGCUCAAAGCAGUUCACUUAAUCUCUUUGCAAACAGAGAUGUGGAGCUAGAACAGAGAGCUAUGCUUCUCAAAAGAUUAGCAUUUGCUAUUUUUAGCAGUGAAGUUGACCAGUACCAGAAGUAUCUUCCAGAUAUACAAGAGAGAUUGGUUGAGAGUCUCCGUUUGCCCCAGGUGCCAACUCUUCACUCUCAAGUGUUCCUGUUUUUCAGAGUGUUACUUUUAAGAAUGUCUCCACAGCAUCUUACCUCACUCUGGCCUACUAUGAUCACAGAACUUGUACAGGUAUUUUUACUGAUGGAGCAAGAACUUACUGCUGAUGAAGAUAUUUCACGGGCUUCCGGCCCCUCUGUGGCUGGCCUGGAGACCACCUACACUGGGGGCAAUGGCUUUUCUACUUCCUACAACAGCCAGCGCUGGCUCAACCUCUAUCUCUCUGCUUGCAAAUUUUUGGAUUUGGCUCUGGCAUUACCCUCUGAAAAUCUUCCUCAGUUCCAAAUGUACCGUUGGGCCUUUAUUCCAGAGGCUUCCGAUGACUCUGGUUUGGAAGUCAGAAGGCAAGGCAUACAUCAACGAGAAUUUAAACCUUACGUGGUACGACUAGCAAAACUCCUUCGGAAAAGAGCAAAGGACAAGGAGGACUUUGAGACAGUGGUUUUGGAGGGACUGGAGAUGGCCAAGCAUCAGAAAAACCCAGAGGAAGACAACUCAGGGAGAACGUUGGGUUGGGAGCCGGGGCACUUGCUGCUCAGCAUCUGCACCGUGCGCAGCAUGGAGCAGCUCCUGCCGUUCUUCAAUGUCCUCAGCCAGGUCUUCAACAGCAAAGUCACAAGCCGACGCGGAGGACACUCAGGGAGCCCUGUCCUCUACUCAAACACCUUCCCGAAUAAGGACAUGAAACUGGAGAACCACAAACCAUCCUCCAGCAAAGCCAGGCAAAAAAUAGAAGAGAUGGUAGAAAAGGAUUUUCUGGAAGGAGUGAUAAAAACUUGAGCAUCGCAAGUGGUUCCAUUUAACUUAAAUGUAAUUACUGAAACACUACUGAGUUGUAUAGUUUUGGGUUUUUUUUUUUUGUAUGUAACACUUCAGAUUGUAUUUAAUUUAAAUAUUUGUAAAUAAGAGCAAAUGUCUGAAUAUGGCCUGAAUCAAGUAUAAAUAGUGCUGGCUCAUACUGAUUAUGAUGCCUGAGAGAGCUAUAUAUACGUAUGAUUCAUUGUUUUACUGUCCUGAGUUGUCGUAAACUUGCAAAAUAUACACUGCACAUUUUU